UGUAAAUUAAAACAUCUUUCCAAGGGCAUUUAUGUAUUUCUCCUAAAUAUCUCUACUCUCUUUCUUUCUCUCUCUAUACUACUUCCCAUUUUCUUGCCAUACUUUUUAUUUUCUCUCUCUUAAGUUUUUUCCCUAAAACCCUUCCCUUUAAGCUCUCGCUCGCCGCCAUGGCUGGACUCAACCGUCUGAGCGUGGUCGCUCCAUCUUUCGCUCGCCGCCUUCUCGGGCUCGGCUCCCGAAGAGCCUACGGAUCGGCUUCUGCGGCUCAGGUACAGUACGACUAUUAUGAUGACGAAGAAGAGUGGGGACACGAGGAUCGGCGCCAGGUGAAAUCACUGGUGGACUCGGAGGGUUUCGUCCCUGGAAGAGGGGUUCAAUGGGUGGUGAUCGGUGACAGAACCGCAAACAAACACGUGUACGCCGAAAGGCUCUCGAAGCUUCUGGAAGUUCCCCACAUUUCUAUGGGAACUCUUGUUCGUCAGGAGCUCAAUCCUCGCUCUUCUCUCUACAAGCAGAUUGCUAAUGCAGUGAACGAGGGAAAGCUUGUGCCUGAAGAAAUAAUAUUUGCUCUAUUGUCUAAGAGACUUGAAGAAGGCUACUGCAGAGGUGAAUCUGGGUUCAUUCUUGAUGGAAUUCCUCGAACAAGAAUCCAAGCUGAGAUUCUUGAUCAAAUUGCGGAUAUUGAUUUAGUUGUGAAUUUCAAGAGCACGGAAGAGCACUUAGAGAAUAAUAUAGGAAAAUGUCAAAAAUACAUGGGAAAGAGCAACCAUGCUAGUUAUAAAAAUCUAAAUUUGUACCCUCAGAAUGGACAACAAGUCUCCACUUCUACUGAUUCUGAAAUACUCUGGAAAGAGAAGUUCAUUAACUAUGCAAAACAGAGCAAGUCAUUGGAAGAAUACUACAAAACACAGAGAAAACUUGUUGAUAUUCAAGUAAGUGAUGCACCUGGAGAAACUUGGCAAGGUUUAUUGGCUGCCUUACAUCUCCAGCAUAUAAAUGCUGUCAGUUCUUCACAGAAGCUCACUGCCUGAAUUGGUGGUUCACAUGGGUCUUCAUAAAUUUUUGCGUCCGGCUUUAUAGUAAAUAUGCUGUAUGAUGUGAGAAUCGAGAGUUUGUUGGGGUUUUCUAUGUUUGAAGAUUCCAACCUAUUUUUUCAAAUUUUGACCUUUUUUUCUUUAUUAUUAUUCUUUUACGCGUGUUAUAUGUUGUAGUGUAAUGAGACGUGCCGUCAUGAGCGUCUGAGUUUGUAAUUGUAGUCACCACGAGAGUGACCAGAUGAAAAGAAAUACUAUUUUGACCUAUUAAACAA